UAAUCAAUUUUCAUUUACCCCAUCUCUAAAAGCUAAGUGCACAAUAAAAAAUAUACAUUUGCCAUGGACGAUUCAGAAGCCGCCAAGGGACCUGAGUUGGACGAUAUUUCGUUCCCAAACUUGGUCGAUUUUCUGCAACUUUAUUCAAUUCCUGCCAACGAAAGCAGGUUCUUUACAAGAAGUCAAGUGUUCAUCGCGUAUAGGGCUUACGUGUCAAGGGUGAACGCUGGUGCAGUAGUGACCAUGGAUUACAUUAAGUUUGGAAAACAUCUGAGGAAGUUGGCAGAAAAUCUUGCUAUUCGCACAAAAUCUUUGGGGAAAAUUGUUUAUUAUGAGUUAAAGGUGCCAGAAAUGAAGGAAAAUGAACGGCAGCCGAAUGCAGUUGAAGCAAAACCUAAUGAUGAUGAAAUAAAGAUUAAACUUGCUGAUUUAAACAUCCAUAUAUCUUGUAAAAUAUGCUGUGGUUAUUUGGUUGAUGCGACCACUAUUACAGAGUGUCUUCAUUCAUUUUGCAAAAGUUGUAUCACGAAACACUUGGCUGUUUACCUCACAUGCCCCAUAUGCGACGUCAAGCUUCAAAACGCCAACAUUUAUUCUUCAGUUAAAGCUGAUAUCGUACUACAAGAUAUCGUGGAUAAACUGUUGCCAGGAAUUCAGACAAUGGAAAAUCGAAAUUUCCUUGAGUUCCACAAGAAUCCUGACUCAGAUCUACAAACCAAGUUAAUAUAUUGUCCUUAUAAGAUGGUUACAGUUUAUUUUGAUUGGGUUGGCCCGCAACUGUGUUCUACACCAGCUGAAGAUUUGGAAUCCAACUUCAUCAGGACUUCAAGUAAAGCGACUGUUGGACAUUUUGGUCAAUUUGUGUUGGAUAAACUUGGGAAGACAAGUGAAAAGCAUGAAGUUCACAUCAAGUGUGGUGGUGUGACACUCCCCAAUCUAUUUACCAUAGAAAUGUUAUAUAAAAAUGAACUAGAUUUUGAGACAAAGAGAGGUUUAUUACAUCUUCAAUAUGACGUUGUGAAAACAUGAAUGCACGGCAAACAAUUCUCUUGGCAAUUAACACAAUGUACUACGGGGGGCGGUGUUAAGUCAACAUAUUACUGCAGAGGGUGGUGUUAAAGUUACAGGAAAGUUGUUAAUAGAAACUUCUGAAGGUCUGGUUAAACUUGGUCAUCUGUAGAUAAUGUUCGUGUUUAGUUUUGGUUAAACAUAAUUAUUAAGCAAUAGUUGUAUAUAAAAGCUCUUGAAGAUAUUAGAUAACCAUGUUGCCAAUGUAUAAUUAUGUUUGUAAAUCUGGCCAUGAUUUUUGAAAAGCAAUAUUUAUGUACAUUGGCUGCUGUAGGUACUAUGUAGCCAUGCAUAACCAUGUCUGCCAUGGUAUAGCACUCAUAUUUGUUGCAUGAUACAUUAAAGAGAUAUAGAUUUCACUUCGACAGUAAGCAGUAUAAUACGAAUAAACCACUUAAUGUCUUA